AACAUAAACUAAACACACUAAAAAUUGUUUGUGUCUUGUUCCAAUCAAUCAUUCUUUGAAUUAAGGUUCAUCAUCAUAGAAUCUUAUCCAAAAAAAAAAAUUAACAAUGACAACUUUGCACAAGGUUGUUUUGAUUUUCAUCACAUUCAUGUUCCUCAUAACAUUCUUGUUACUUGUAGUGGAUGCACAAAACAAUAAAAUUAGACUCAACAAUGAAAACCAAAAUUCAAUACCAUUCCCAAUAAUUGAAAAAGUGAAGCCUGAUUUUGAAACAAAUUUUAAUGGAGGUUGGGAAGUGCUUUCACAAAAUUCAGGUGUAUCUGCCAUGCAAAUUAAUUUAAUGCCAACAAAUAAAAUAAUUGUUUAUGAUGCAACCGUUUAUCGUGUCUCUAGACUUAGAUAUCCAGAAGGGGUGCCAUGUGUUACUUUUAAAGAUGCCAAUACACAAGAAGAUAGACUUGAUUGUUUUGCUCAUUCAAUGGAAUAUGAUCUUGAGACAAAUCAAGUUAGGCCACUCAAGGUAACUGCAGACCCAUGGUGCUCAUGUGGAGGGCUAACACCUGAUGGCACCCUUGUAAGUUCAGGUGGUUUUGCAGAUGGAACAAAAACCAUUAGAUACUAUGGUGGACCAUCUUGUAGAGAUAACAAUUGUGAUUGGAGGGAAUAUAACAAUUUAUUGCAAGAGGAAAGAUGGUAUGGAACUCAAGUAAUCCUUGCAAAUGGAGACUUCAUUGUAGUAGGAGGACGUAGGUCAUUUAGCUAUGAGUAUCUCCCAAGACAAGAAGGCCAAAGACCUGAAAAACCCUACUUCUUUCCAUUUUUAUAUGAAACUUCUGACAUCGAUGAAAAUAAUCUUUAUCCUUUUGUUCAUCUCUCAACUGAUGGUAACCUCUUUAUCUUCUCUAACAACCGUUCUCUUCUCCUAAGCCCUGUCACCAAUAAAAUAGUCCGCACUUUCCCGGUACUUCUCGGUGGUUCUCGAAACUAUCCGGCCUCCGGCAUGUCGGUCCUCCUCCCUAUAGAUCUAGGUAACGUGGAGAUUAAUAAGACUGAUACCCCCAUCAAGGCAGAGGUCAUUGUUUGUGGUGGCAACAAAUAUGAUGCUUUCUUUUAUGCUGAAACUAAGAAACAAUUCUCACCAGCUCUUGGAGAUUGUAACAGGAUGGUAAUCACAGAUAAAAAUCCAAAAUGGGAAUAUGAAGAAAUGCCUUCACCAAGAACAAUGGGUGAUUGUCUAAUCCUUCCAAAUGGACAACUUUUGUUCAUCAAUGGUGCACAAAAAGGUACAGCUGGAUGGUGGGAUGCUGACUCACCAAAUUUAACACCAGUUUUGUAUAAUCCAGAAAAACCAAGGGGUCAAAGGUUUAAGGAAAUGACACCUACACAAAUAUCAAGAAUGUAUCAUUCAAGUUCAGCAUUACUUCCUAAUGGUAAAAUUUGGGUAGCUGGAAGUAACACUCAUGACACAUAUAAAGAUGUUGAUGAGUUUCCAACUGAGACUAGAGUUGAAGGAUUUUCUCCACCUUAUUUGGAUAAAAAUCUUGACAAGUUUAGACCACAAAUUGUUGAGGAAACUUCAGCUAAAAGAUUGAAGUAUGGUAAAAAUUUUGUUACAAAAAUUACAAUGCAACAAGAUGGGAUUAAUGAGGGUUUGAGUAAAAGUGAUAUUAAGGUUACUAUGUAUUUUCCACCUUUUACAACUCAUGGGUUUAGUAUGAGUCAAAGGCUUUUAGUGCUCAAGAUUAAGAAAAUUUUAAGUGACGUUAAAGGUAGUUAUGAUAUUAAAUCAGAGGCGCCGCCGUUUGGUGAAGUUGCUCCUUCUGGUUACUAUAUACUUUUUGUUGUGCAUCGUGGCGUGCCUAGCAAAGGAAUGUGGGUGCAUAUCAAAGGAUGACUCGCUCGGAUUUUGAUUAUGAUAUGUUGCUAGGAGUGAAAAGAUUAUGCAUUGUAUAGUACGACUCAGAGUUGUUAGAUGUUAGAUAGAAAAAUUUAGAAUUUUCUUUUUCUCACUUAGAUCCAACGAUUCUGAAGCGUGUUCUAGAAUGUAACUAUUGUAGAUGAUUCAAACAAUUUAAAUUUAUGGUGUUCAAU